ACUCCCUGUGAGCUUUUGCCUGCGAUUUUCGGUUUUAAAUUGGCGGUUGAGAUCCCAAAAGCAUAUAAUGACCGCCAAGUAUUGGAUUUACGGUUUCAACCCUUUCGAUGUCGAUGGAAAUGGAGACUUGAAAGAGUUGGAUUUCAGCCAAUUUUUCAGCGAUAGCAAGGGUGAGUUUCUAAUCGAACUCACCGCCACUCACGCUCUGGUUGCAACCGGAAGUUCGCUUCUAGCGUUCUCUUGUAUCAACGAAACAUCGCAUACGGUAGACGCUGGCAGUCGGAUUGUCCAGCUUUCUGCGAACAAUUGGUACUGCUUGAUCCUGUUGGAAAAUGGUCACCUUCUGAAGUAUGACAUAUAUUCGCAACAAACGAACAAGCUUGAUUUCCUGACGGUUGAAAAUUCGCCAGAAACUGAAAGCACCGAGACGAUCACUCACAUAGCAUGUGGCGAGAAGGUAUCAGUGGCCGUCACAAGUCCAGGAAAGUUUGUGUUCAACAUCCCAAGCAAGACGUUUACAUUCCCGAAGCACGUUCGUAUCCGGAAGAUAGCUGUAGGGUUGGAGCACUGUCUGCUGUUGACCGGAAAUGGCGAUGUAUACAGCUGGGGCUGCGGAUUACGCGGCCAGUUGGGUAACGGAGAAAUCACCCCUCACCAGGAACGGCCACAGUUGGUGGAAGCCCUGGCUGGAGUCAAAAUCGUCGAUAUCGCAGCCGGUGGGUGGCAUUCAGCGGUCGUUUCUUCGUUCGGAGAUUUAUACUGCUGGGGUUGGAACAGCAAAGGGCAGUUGGGAUUGGUGGACGAGAAACAGUCGAAAGGGGCUGUGUUUGCCCUGCCACAGGUGAUUGAUUUUGCGGGAAAACAUGACGAAGAACUUGACGAAAUCUCCAUCGAAAUGGUUCAUUGCGGAUAUGGCCAUACAGUUGUGGUUAGUUCCAAAGGAGAACUGUACUUUUCGGGGAAUGAUUUGCGAAAAAAGCUGGAUUAUGCUCAUGUCGAACGGAACCCGAAGCUGUGUGGGUUCAAACAGUUUGAAUGCGUACCCAAAGGUGAAGGCGUGAAGCUUUGGAAAAGCGGGCCAAAUUCGCUCGUUUUUAUUAGUGAAGUGGGCGAAAUGUCGGGGCAAAGCACGAGCUGUAGACAGUAAGCUUGUGCUAUCAGCCUACAGAUGGCUUGCGAUGGAGUAUUGUUUUGUUAAUUUAUAAUAAAAAAGAUGAUAUUUAGUUGA